GGGGGCAAGGGUAGUCAGAAAGCAGUACCUGUUGGAGGGCUGGGGGGGUGGUGGGACAACCCAGUCCACCUCCCUAUUUUUCACGUGUCCCUCAUUCUAGAUUCCAGUAAGAACCCAUACAUCCUGGGUGCCAAUUUAGGGGGGUGACCAGCAGAUAGUGAAAGUCCACCUACACCCUAAUUACCCUAAUAAACACCCAAAGACGACAAAUAAAGAACAUCACUAGCAGCUUAAAGAAUGCCUCCCAGGUUUCCCCUCCUGUUCCAGGGGACGUGGGCACUGGGCGACGGACUCGCGCCCCCCCUGGCGGUCACGCACGAACCUUGGUUGUUGGGGGAGCCGCCCUGCCCCCCUCCAACAGGAGCCAAUGAGAGGCUGAGGCCCCGCCCUCCCCGAGAGAGUAUUUAGAAGCUGACCAGGGAAGCACCCGGUGAGCUGGGGAAUCCAGAGGAGAGAGUGCUGAGUACGGCACGGCCCCGGGAGCCGGGGAGCCGGGGAGCCGGGGCUGUCGGCGUGCAGGGUGGAGCACGCAGCCAGCAGAAGUGGGUGAGUCCCGGAGCUGCGCCGUCCCACCCACCUCUGGCAGUCACCACCAUGGCCUGGCUGGUGCUGCUGGGCACCCUACUGUGCAUGUCGCGCGUCGGGGUGGGCAGCCUAGGCACAGAGGGCUUCCUGCCCUCCAUGCCCCAUAACUGCCCCUACAAAUGUGUGUGCGCCGCCGACCUACUGAGCUGUGCGGGCCUGGGGCUGCAGGACGUGCCGGCUGCACUGCCGGCUGCCGCCGCAGACCUUGACCUGAGCCACAACGCACUCCAGCGCCUGCGCCCCGGCUGGCUGGCGCCCCUCUCCCGGCUGCGCGCCCUGCGCCUAGGCCACAACGAGCUGGAUGUGUUAGGUCGCGGAGUCUUCACCAACGCCAGCGCCCUGCGGCUGCUCGAUUUAUCAUCUAACGCGCUGCGGGCGCUGGGACGCCAUGACCUCGACGGGCUGGGGGCGCUGGAGAGGCUGCUGCUGUUCAAUAACCGCCUGGCGCACUUGGAUGUGCAAGCCUUCCGAGGCCUGGGCGCACUCAGCCGUCUCUACCUGGGUUGCAAUGAACUCUCAUCCUUCUCUUUCGACCACCUACACGGGCUGGGCACCACCCACCUCCGUACUCUGGACCUGUCCUCCAACCGCUUGGGCCACAUCCCUGUGGCCCACCUGGCUGCCCUGCCAGCCUUUCUCAAGAACGGCCUUUACCUGCACAACAACCCCCUGCCCUGUGACUGCCGCCUCUACCACCUGCUGCGGCGCUGGCAACAGCGGGGCCUCAGUGCUGUGAGCGACUUCGCCCGAGAAUACAUGUGCCUGGCCUUCAAGGUGCCUGCGUCCCGAGUGCGCUUCUUUGAGCACAGCCGUAUCUUCCAGAACUGCUCAACUGCCCUGGCUCGGGGCCUAGAGCGGCCCGAAGAGCAGCUGCACGUGCAGAUGGGUCGGUCCCUGACACUGCGCUGCAACACCAGCACCCCAGCUGUCCGCGUUGCCUGGGUGUCGCCGCAGCAUGAGCUGCUUGUGGCACCAGGAUCCCGAGACGGCAGUAUCUCGGUGCUGGCUGACGGCAGCCUGGCCAUCAGCAACGUGCAGCCGCAGCAUGAGGGGGUCUUCGUGUGUCUGGCCAGCGGGCCCCGCCUGCAUCAUAACCAGACGCAUGAGUACAAUGUGAGCGUGCACUUCCCGCACCCUGAGCCUGAGGCUUUCAACACGGGCUUCACCACCCUGCUGGGCUGCGCCGUGGGCCUGGUGCUCGUGCUGCUCUACUUGUUUGCGCCGCCCUGCCCCGGCUGCCGCCGCUGCUACCGCCGCACCUGCCGCUGUCGCUGCUGGCCCCGGGCACCGAGCCCCCUCUGGGAGCUGAGCGCACAGUCCUCGGUGCUCAGCACCACCCCACCGGAUGUGCCCAGCCGCAAGGCCAGUGUCCACAAGCAUGUGGUCUUUCUGGAGCCGGGCAGGAGGAGCCUCAAUGGGCGCGUGCAGCUGGCAGUGGCUGAGGACUUUGAUCUCUACAAUCCCGUGGGCCUGCGGCUCAAAGCUGGCUCUGAGUCGGCCAGCUCCACAGGCUCUGAGGGUCUGGUGAUGACCUAAGCUGCCCUGGGCUCAGGAGCCAGGCCACCAACUGCCCGCUGCUUGCCCUGCUCCCUGCUGCCUCCCGGACAGCUGUCAGAUGCUAGUCGGAAGUGCUGGGCUUGGUCUUCCAGCCUCCUGUGUGGCCUCAGCCUCAACUACAGCAGCCUUACUCAUAAUACAAGGGCCGGGCUCCCCACCCUCUCUACUGCUCCGCUCUAACACAGGCCCAAGGGCGCUAGGGUCUAGCAGGACCUGCUGCUACCUAAAUGUCCCACAAGGACUAGAACUGGGGCCAUCUAGAAGAGCCCUUGCACUAGAGCCCCAGGUACACCCUAGGGGCCAAGGCAGCUAUCAAGCAGUAGUGGUGAAUUGAAGAAUAACCAUCUUCCCCUUCCCAAUGUGACAGGAAGAGAGUGGGCCCACAGGGAAAGAGGAAGAGAGCUCUAAAGAAGACCUAGGCCCCCACCCAGGGUAGAAGGAGGAAGCAUGCACCAACAUCUAACCUGCAUCAAGCUACACAACUCCACACAGUCUGAUGGGCAGACAGAAAGCAGGCAAGGCUCCUCAAGGGACAUCCCCCCCCCCCCCCAGGGGUGCCUGGCCUGAGCCCCAGUCAGAGCAGUCCUGCUAUCUCUGGCCAGCGGCAUCCACAGGCCACUCUGAGAACAGGGCCUCUUCCAUAGGCUCACAAGAUAGCAGUUAAGGCCUGCCCCUCAGCUUUUUAGCAGUAAAAAGCCUGCUGAGCAGGGCCAAGAUGGGAGGGCUGAGCCGGAACUCAGUGUCCCUGGAGGGUAGAAGCCUCUUAAGGGCUGGCACUGGUCUCGGCCUAAUGGCUGAUGCAGUGCCCUGGUCUCAUAUGCAUCUUAUCACCCACAGCAGGGAGGCAGGGAAAAAGGAUCUGAGAACCCCUCUUUGUGAGUGCUGAGCUGGGGGCUCCUACAAGCAUCCUGGAUCCAGUUGUCAUGGAGUUCCUUAAUAAAAGUGGUACAUGCUCAUUUCCGGAGCCUUCGCAAACACAAGUAGUAGUGUGUGUCCUCAGCCUCUGAUCCCAUCCUGUACAGGAUAGCACCCCACCCUUGCCUGUGGCAUAACCACGAGCCAGUGGCUCUGACCAUGGUGCUGGGACAUCCUGUUCUGAUGGGGUCCCUGAUUCUCCUACUCAGAGCCACUGACUGCUGUUGCCACCUAGUUAGGCAAUUUGUACCUCACUACCUCCCCCACCCCUACCACACCUCACCCCACCUCAAACACCUAAUACUGAGGUUCAUUGUAGAGA